UGGGGGGGAGGGGGGGGAGCGGGAGCGGCGCGCGGGGCUGGUGGGGUUGUGCGUCCCCACAGCGCGCGCGGUGUCGGUGUGUGAGGAGGUGCCGCCGCCGCCAUGUUCGGGGGCUUGGGGCGCUGCUUCGAGGAGGACCCCUUCUUCCGUGAUCCUUUUGCCGCACAUCAUGAAUAUAUGCGGCAGAUGAUGAGAAGCUUUUCCGAUCCUUUUGGACGAGAUCCAUUUCUCAGCAUAACAGAUGGUAGGGAGAGAACGGUAGAUCGAAGAACACGCCAUGAUUCUCAGGUUGCUCUGAGAGGAAAUCGCAGAGCAGUAAGCUGUUCCCUCAUGCCCUUUGCAGGCUUUGGUAGAAUGCAGGAUUCUGAUUUUGGGGAGCCUUUUUUUGCAAUGGACAGAAUGAUGUCAAAUAUGAGAAACAGUAUGCUAGAGAUGCAAAGAAAAUUCGAUGACCUGUCUGUCCAUCCAGAUGCACACACGUUCAGCUCCUCCUCUGUGAUGACGUAUUCCAAAAUAGGGGAUGAACCACCAAAAGUUUUCCAGGCUUCAGCUCAGACACGCACAGCUCCAGGAGGUGUUAAGGAGACAAGGAAAGCACUUAAAGAUUCUGAAAGUGGACUGGAAAAAAUGGCUAUUGGUCAUCAUAUUCAUGAUCGUGCCCAUGUUAUAAAAAAAUCAAAGAACAACAAAACUGGUGAUGAAGAACUCAACCAAGAAUUCAUCAACUUGGAUGAAACUGAGGCCCAGACCUUUGAUGAAGAGUGGCAGAAGGAGAUUAUGAAGUUCAAGCCAUCUAGAACUACAUGCAAUAUAGAAGCUCCAAAAUACAGAAGUAUUCACCACAUACCCAAAGAAGAUGGAUCAAGAAGAGAGAAACCACUUACAAAAACACCAAUUGCAGGUUCCAGAGGACCCAAACUUUCUUCAGAGAACCUCAGUGUGAAAGGAUCACAUGUCCCCAUCAAAAGCAGCAAAAAAUAAAUGGUUUGCAUGUCCUUUUGGAUGGAGUUUCUUCAGAGAAGAUAAUGGUGCUGUUUGUUUAUGUCUGUAUCGGUAUAUGCAUAUACAUGACCAAUCUCUGUUUUUUGUUUUACUAUUAGCGUGCCUUUCUCCUCUAAUCUUUUGACCACUGAAUGUUCUUUAAAACUCCAGAACCUUUGUUUAAACCAUCUAGUUUCAAUAAUUUCUUUAAAAGUACUUUCCACUUCAAAGCACUUUAAUGGGAUAUCGCUAAUUCUGUUUAAAAAUGCAUCGCUUUGUCUUGCAAGGUUUUUCCCCACAACUGCACUAGUUAUCUCCAACUCUUUAUCAGGCCUGAUAAUGAAACUGCUUUUUUUCCUACACUGUAUAACUUGCACAGAAAGUAAAUUCUCUUUUAAUUUUGUGUGGCUGAAACAAUUAAUUUGGGUUUAGCAGUACAUCAGUUAAUCACAAAUUCAGUACACUAUCACCAGUAUAUAAUUAGCUUUAAAGUCACAUUGUAAAUUGUUACUGAAUCCACAGAUACAUCAUCUUUAACAUGAAGAAGAGUGAAAGGAAUACUAAAAUGAUAAAUAAUUCUUUAAGUAAAAUUUAGAAUUUAUGAGCUUUCUUAUAUUUAUGCACUGUGCUUGCAUCUCACUUUCUGUACCUAGGCUGUUAAUUUUGUAUUUUCGAUCUCUCAUGUAUUUCCUUUGGAAGUGGCCCAUUAUAUUUCAUUCUUGAAGAUUCUCCAUAGUAUUUUUCAAUUUUUCUGUAGUAAUAAGUGUCCUCCUAAAACUCUGCUGCAACUUAGGUCUUACUCAGAAAAGUAUGUGGGAGAGAUUGGUUCAAUAGGCAGUAGUUUGUUAAUUAGACGAUGAAUAAUUACUCCAUUUCUUCUGUUCUAAAAAGCUAAAAUAUCUUCACAUAUAGGAAACUAUGUUUCCGUCAGCUGAAAGAUGUGUUGUAUGAUUUCUGUGCCCUAAUCUAGCAGAUGCAGAGGAAGCUAGUAAAUCUUGAAUCUCUCUUGAUUUCCCCCCAUCCCUCCCCUUUAUUGUUUGGUUAAAGAUUCUGGCGUUGUAGAAGGAAGCAAACUGUGGCUGACUGAGAACAGGUGGAGUCUUUGCAUUAGAAGUGCUGAAGUUCGUAUGCUACGUUGUUAGAAUAGGUCCCAAGUUGUAGUGUAAAUUAUUUUCUGUAGAAUAUAACAUUAUAGCAUUAGCACUAUAACAUGUAUUUCAAGGCUAAAACAUUAUAGUGUAGCCUUUAAAAAAAGAUACUAUUUAUAUGAUAAAUUAAAAAUAACAUUAAAUGUUUGGUAAGUUAAAUAUUUGUAUGAGUAAAAAGGAAAAGGUGUCUUUAAAGCGAAUCUUCCUGAAGAUUCCUAGAUUAUUUAACACGAUGAUUCCUGCACACUAAUGAACAUAUGUACCUCUGUACUACAGAAAGAAAUCGUUUCUCAGCAUCUUUAAUUCCAUUAUGAGAGUGAGUCCUGGUGGCGAUGAGUUUGUUGUGGAAUGUUCUCCCAGCAGCCAAGGCACGUGGGUCUGCUCCCAUACGCGGGGCGCGUCCUAGAACAGGCGUAUGCAGGCGACCCUGCCGUGGGAGCAGCAGCCCCUGACAGAGGGACAGGCUGGAAGUCACCCGGGGUCCCUCAGUAGCAUUUUCCAGAGGGUUUCUGCCAGAACCCGUUGCCAAAAGGAGGUUUUUACUCUAUCUGGAUAGUAGCAAAGUACAGCUUGGAGCUCGAUCCUCCAUUCGCUGAAGACGAUGCCAAUCUUGUCAUUAAUUAAGAACGUAAGACCAUGGAGGCAUUUUUCAGUUAUGACAGGUGAAUUUCCCAGUGAUAAACAGCUGAUAAUGAUCUUUCCUGUGGUAACUUCAGAAAAAAAUCUUUGAUGUGAGAGAUGGUGCUAUUUAACCGAAAACAGUUUUUAUCUGACCACUUGUAUUUUUGCAUAUGCAUAUACUGGGAGGAAAAAAACCUGAGAGUCACAUGUAGUUGAGAAAGCGAGUACAUCCUACGAUUGUAAAACUGUAGUGGAAAGAGGCUAAUAUUCAUUACAGAUUACUUUGUUGUGCAAAACACUGUUCUAAAAUGUAAUGCGAGAGAACUUGUUCUACAUGGAAAGAUCUGAAACUAAUUCUUUAAUAAAGAGUUGCCCAUUA